UUGAAUUAUUUCCGUGAUAGAAAUGAGCCUUUCAUUAAUACAAAACUUCAUGCCUAAAAUGAUUUAACCGAUGACUUUUUAUUGCUUAAAACGGGAAAUUGUUUAAUCUUUGCUUAAAUGAAUCAAUUGCUCACAAAACAUACAAGCAUGCGAUUGCUAUAUGUUGUAUGUUGGAUAUUAUUUGAAAGAAGUGCCCAUUGCAAACAGCUUUCUCCUGUGAUUUUGGUUCCAGGUGAUGGCGGAUCAAGAAUUGAAGCUAAGCUGAACAAAUCUUCUCAUGGACCUUAUCCAUUUUGUGACCAACGUACAAAAGAUUUUUAUGUUAUAUGGGUGAACAUUGCAAGUGUUUUACACCCAGUUCCGACCGACUGCCUUGUUGAAAACUUUAGAUUAGUAUAUGACAACAAGACUCACAAAACCAGUUAUCCGGAGGGUGUUGACAUACGGGUACCUGGAUUUGGUGGAACAGAUAGUGUUGAAUGGUUGAGUGAUACUCAUUCACCGAAACUCGGUUACUUCCACGAACUAGCAGAGAACAUGGUUAAAUGGGGUUAUGUUCGGAACAAAACUAUCAGAGGUGCUGCAUAUGAUUUCAGAAGAUCACCAAAUGAGCUUGAAGAUUAUUAUACAAAUCUGACGAAACUGAUAGAAGAAACAUACAACAUGAACAACAAUACAAAAGUUGUUCUCUUAGCCCACAGCUUAGGAAACCUGGUGAUACUAUACUUUCUUAACCAUCAAAACCAGGAAUGGAAGGACAAAUACAUCAGAUCAUUUAUAACACUUGGUGCACCGUGGGGAGGGAGCGUCAAAGCUUUGCGGAUGAUUGUUUCGGGCGACAAUGUAAACAUCAUUACAAUCACCGCAUUAAAAGCUCGUCCUAUGCAACGCUCUAUGACAAGUUCCGCUUUCCUGAUGCCGACCAAUCAGUUUUGGAACAAGUCUGAGGUUUUAAUUCAAACACCUAGACGGAAUUAUACUGUGAAUGAUUACCAACAGCUCUUCAAAGACCUUAAUUUUACAGAUGGUAUUUUAAUGAGAGAUGAUGUAGAAGGUUUGGUCAACCCCUUAAGACCUCCAAAUGUAGAAGUCCAUUGUCUCUAUGGAAAGGGUUUGAAUACUACAGCUAAAUGGAUCUAUGAAGAAGGCGCAUUUCCGGACAAACAGCCAAAACAUGUGGAUGAAGAUGGCGACCAAACUGUUAGUAUCAGAAGUCUCGAGGGUUGCUUGCCAUGGAAACAUCUUCAAAAACAGCCAUUCCACUCGAAAGCAUUUCAGGGAAUUGGACAUGGGGACAUUUUAAAUCAUGGUGUGUCUAUCAAAUAUAUUGAGUCAGUGUUGAUGAAUUUAAGUUGAAGAGCUUUGUGAUAACAUGAUUUGUUGGAUAUAUUUUACAAUCGUGUUUUAAAAGAAUAAUAUAAGCAAGUUUCAAGUUUCAAGUUUCAAGUUUUUAAGUUCUAUUUUAAUUCAAGACCCCGUGCACACAGGCCUAUGGGGUUUGUGAAUAUGCAAACCCAUUCAACGCACUUAUCUAACAUAUAUACACUACGGAAUUUUGAUAAACAUGCGAUGAAAUAUGAUUAAAAGUAUAAUAUAUGAUUAAAUGGGAGACAUAUAUGUUAUUUCGUUACUGAUAGUAAAAUUUUGCAAAAAUUGAUAACAGAGAAAUCAUCAUUUAACGUCUGCGUUGUUAGAAUGGAGGUUACACUUUUUGUUUCUCUCCGAUGCAAACAAUUCACAUUCAAAAUCAUAUGUAACAGUUACUGGCGAAAGUGUUCAAAAUAAUUUACUCCUCUUUAAAACUCAUUUUUGUCGCAAUAUUGUGAGAAUUCUUGAGGCAAAAUUGAAAAAUUCUUUAUGAACUUGAUUCUUCAAUAAAAUGUACCUUUUUAAACAUAAUCAUUUUGUCACGCCUGAGAUGAAAGUACCAAAUGCGAGACUCGUUUAAGUUACAUUCCGUUGACAGCGGCUCUUCGUUUCAAUUUCGAUUUAGACUGUAUUUUUAUUUUUUCCAGACAUCAAUAACAUUGUGAAUGUCAAUCAUUUAUUGAAUUUUACAAAACCUGUAUAGAGUUUUUUUCAUGAUCAAGAAAUGGCAUCUGAAACACAAUUUCGAAAAUAUUUGUUUUCUUCAUUUUUCUGUAUUUACUGAUAGAUAAAGGUUUUCAGUAAAACAUUUGAGAUAUA